AUGACGAGCGCCGGCAACCUCGACACCGACGCCAUCGCCCGCUCCGGGCUGGUCGACCCCGAGACACACGGCAUCCCCCAGGUCGCCGCCAAGGGCUCCAUUGACGUGGCCCGCCAUGUCGCCCGCUCCGUCUCGGAGAACACUGACGAUGACCUCCCCACCGAGGAGGAGCUUCACACGCUCCGCCGCGUGUCUGGAAAGAUCAAGUGGGCCAUGUACACCAUCGCCUUUGUGGAAGCCUGCGAGCGUUUCUCCUACUACGGCUCUGCUGUGCUCUACACCAACUUCGUCGCCCAGGAGCUUCCUGCGGGAUCCAACACCGGUGCUCCUCUUGAUCCCGACGGUCAGGCUGGUGCUCUGGGCAUGGGCCCCAAGGCUGCUCAGGGUAUCUCUCUGUUCAACCAGUUCUUCGCUUAUCUGAUGCCUCUCGUUGGUGCCUACAUUGCUGAUGCCAAGCUCGGUCGUUUCCUCACUCUCCACAUCGCCAUCGCCAUCUCUACCUGUGCUCACGUUGUCCUCGUUGCUGCUUCAUCCCCCACCGUCAUCGUCCGCAAGGAUGCUUCUUUCGGUGUCUUCAUCGUCGGUCUCAUCAUCCUCUGUGUCGGAACUGGUUUCUUCAAGGCCAACGUAUCUCCCCUCCUGGCUGAUCAGAAUGAGGACACCAAGAUGCGAGUUGAGGAGCGCAAUGGCGAGCGAGUCAUUGUCGAUCCCGCCGUCACCAACACCCGAGUCUUCCUCUACUUCUACCUCGCCAUCAACAUCGGAUCCGUCCUCGGUCAGAUUGCCAUGGUCUACGUUGAGAAGUACCACUCUUUCUGGCUCGCUUUCUUCAUCCCCACCAUCUUCUUCCUGAUCGCCCCCAUUAUCCUGGCCCUCAACAAGAAGAGCUACAAGCUCAAGCCUGCUACCGGAUCCGUCCUGUCCAAGUUCUUGCGCAUGUUCUUCUAUGUCCGCAAGCGCAGCACUUUCUUCAGCUUCAACUGGGACCACGCCAAGCCUUCUCAAAUCCCCGUUGACCAGCGCCCUUCUUGGAUGACCUACGAUGACGCCUGGGUUGAUGAAGUCCGCCGUGGUCUCAUGGCCUGCAAGGUCUUCCUCUACCUCCCCGUCUUCCACCUGGCCUACAACCAGAUGACCGGUAACCUGACCACCCAGGCCUCCACCAUGGUCCUCAACGGUGUCCCCAACGAUAUCAUCCAGAACCUGAACCCCAUCUCCAUCGUCAUCAUGGUUCCCAUCAUCGAUCACCUUGUCUACCCCGGUCUCCGCAAGAUGGGCGUUGCCUUCACCCCUAUCAAGCGUAUGACAGUCGGUUUCUUGAUCUCUGGUUUCGCCAUGGUUGCCUCCGCUGUCAUGCAGCACUACAUCUACCAGAAGAGCCCCUGUGGCAAGUACGCCAACGGCAAGGACGCGGACGGUGAGAAGUGUGCCCCCGCCGACAUCAACGUCUGGGCCCAGUGUCUCCCCUACAUCUUGAUCGGUCUCGGUGAGAUCUUCACCAACGUCACAUCCUACGAGUACGCCUACUCCAAGGCCCCCGAAAACAUGAAGUCCCUCGUCAUGAGUGUCAACCUCUUCAUGUCCGCUUUCGCCUCCGCCAUCGGCCAGGCCUUCACCCCUCUCUCCGACGACCCUCUCCUCGUCUGGAACUACGUCGUUGUCGCUGUCAUCGCCUUUGUCGGUGGUGUCGCCUUCUGGUUCAACUUCAAGCACCUCGACUCCGAGGAGGACAAGUGGAACAUGCUCAAGGCCUCCGAGUACAAGGGUACCUUCCAGCCCAACUCUGUUGAGAACAAGGUUGCCCACGAGCACGAGGAGCCCACCAAUGCCCCUCGGGACAUUGAGAAGAUGUGA